AUGCUCUUCUUCAGCUUCUUCAAGACGCUCAUCGACCACGAGGUCACCGUAGAGCUUAAGAACGACAUUCAGCUUCGCGGUACCCUCAAGAGCGUGGACCAGUACCUUAACAUCAAGCUCGAUGAUAUCUCGGUUGUCGAGGAACUCAAGUACCCCCAUCUCAGCUCUGUCAAGAAUGUCUUCAUCCGUGGCUCUGUGGUGCGCUAUGUCCACCUUCCUUCGGGGUCGGUAGACACGCAGCUUCUUGAGGAUGCGACCAGGAGAGAGGCUGCUACUCAGCAGGCAAAGGCGAAAUGA